ACAACCACUUUGAGUAAAGUACAAACAAAAAAUCGAGUGAAAAUGCAAGAUAUACAACGAUUUGAGCGGUCCCUGAAAGACUUUGAAUACUUUAGAGACUUUCAAAGUUUUCUCGAUCCCAAAAGUAAUUCUCGUAAAGUAGCGGAAGUAAAGAAGACGCACCCACGCUUUAACCCUCUGACUGAUCUAAAUGAGCACAAGUUUCGCUUGAAGUACCGGUAUACUAAAGAGAAUCUCCGUCGAAUUAUUGAAAUUGUUCGCGACGACCUCGAAAUUGAAUAUUUUGAGCCAUUGAAAAGGGAGCAAGUUCCAAUUGAUCUGCAAAUCCUAUCCGCAAUUCGUUUGUGGGGUGGAACCGAGCACCCAAAAUUAACUGCAAUGGCCCACGGCGUUAGUUUGCGUACGUUGGCGAAAAUCACAAGGCGCGUUGCUUCUGUUUUAUCAUCGAAAGCCUCGAGGUAUAUCAGAAUGCCGGCAACACUAUCCGAAAAGGAGCGAAUGAUGUGCUCAUUUCAAGCCAUUGCGAAUAUGCCGCAAGUUAUCGGGGCCUUACUGCAGACAACAGUGAGAUUUCAACCGGAAAACUCUGCAACGGAAGAUCUUGAUGGGGAGGUCCGGUCUCCUGCUUUCACAAAGGAGGAGGAGCUGCACCUACAAAUUGUUUGCGAUGCAGCCCAUAAGAUAAGGGACCUCGAUAUUCGUCUGAUCGAGGAAAAUGCUAUGCUAACCGACACCGAGAUGUUCGGUCUGUCUAAAAUAAGGGAGCGGUUCGAACAAAACGAGUUUCGCGGUCGAAUUCUGCUGGGAAACGAAAUGGUCCGUUGUUCCUCCUCUCUGUUCACACCAGUUCGGUUUCCAAGGAACCAAUCCGAAGAGCUCUACAACCACGCUCACUCGGUCACUUAUGCCUCAGCCAGAAAAUGUCUCAACCUGUUAAUGAGUCGCUUCGGUAUCCUUGGAACUGAAAUACAGGGCUCUCACGGAUCCGCCAAGCAAACCAUAACGGCCCUAUCCAUUCUGCACAACAUGGCUAUGGAAUGGGCAGAUCCCAGUAUUGAUACGGAACAGAACAUUUCGCCAUUCAAUUCAACUUUCUUCAAUUCUAUAGGAAGGGCACCAAAAUCCGGAGAAGACAACAAUAGAAGACAAUUUAUUAAAACUCAUUUUGCAUCCCAAUAAAUAACAUUCUUAAGAGAAAACAACAAAAAUAAUUUUUAAU